CAAACUGAAAUGACUGCGCCGACUCGAAUCCGGGGUUUCUUUCGCCUAGAAACCCGUCGCCAUUAAGACUAUGUACGCGGCUGCUGGAGGCGCUUCGCUCGCAAGCAGACAGGCCCGUCAAAAGCAACGACUGCAGAAAACCAAACAGCUGAAACAGCAGAAAGUCGCCGAACUAUCGUCGAAACCGCCUCAGGCCAAGCAGUUCCACAACUACACCGACGAUCCGGCGUCGGUACCCAAAUUAUCCAAGGUCGAACGCGGUACCCUCCGACCCCCCGCUCAACACGAGAGGCGGCACAGUACCUCUAAUUACCUCAAAGAGCCUCAUGCGCGCGCGAGACUGCGCGAGAGUCCCUCGAUAUCGAUUCCUAUCCAAUUACCUCAACCGCUGCUUCGGGAGAACCACGUGUCGACACCGUCGCUCCAAAGUCAGCUGCCGCAGAUCUUUAUCCCUCCAGAUGGCGAAAGUAAACUCGAAAGGAGGUGCAGCUUCGUGCGGCAAGUGGAGGAGAUGGGCAGGCAGGAGCAGGACGUGUUGGACCGUUGUAACCACAUCUGCAACUUCGAGAUUAAGGAUAAAACUUGGGAGGAGCAGGAGCGUUUUUAUAGGGAUUACGAGAAAGACGUGUUCGGCAGCUUAGAUUAUCCUUUUUCAGAGUGUUCCCAAGGCCGGGCAGCAUGGCAGGAAAGGGAGAGGGGAAGGCGCUGUUCGCUCUCCGAGGAGGCGCGGCAACACCGCAUCAAGCAGACCGAAGCCCAUCACCGAUGGAUGAAAAGGAAUCGGAUCCACGAUACGAGCUACGGCGGCGGUUCGGACGACGAAGACCUCUUCAGCGUGUACCACCAGAGCGCGGCUGCUAACGCGCUCCUCUACGUCGGCCUGGGGACAACGGCGAUCGGCAGCGUAAUUUUCUUCGUCGGUACAGGCGAGAAGGGUUUCAAGACCCUCGAGUUGAGGCUUAUCGGGCCUACGCUGAUUGCCUGCGGCCUACUAUGCUGCCUAAUCAGGGUGCUGUUGUGCGCGUGCCCGUCCACAUGUUUUCGGCGACACCGGAAGAAGACCCGCUUGAAAAGCAACGCUUAUCCUCGCAGUUCUACACCAAAAUUACGCGACGCACCUGAUCCGGAUUUCGUUCCUGUGGAUAAAACGAGUUUGUUGAGCGAUCACUGUAGAAAUAAGAAGAAGGUGUCGAUAGUGCCGCCGAAUCACAGUUUGCCCAGCACCAGCACAACCGAGUUCAAAGAGUUGCCUUCGUCGUCGUCGGUGGAAAAUGACAAACCGCUGAAACUUAGCAUUCCGCAGAUCAAUCUGCCGGAACUCGCGGACUCGGACGAGCAGAGCAGGACCUCACGCGAAGACAGCAUCAUCGAACUGCCCACGAUCGACUCGGCGUACGAUAUACAGAGCGUUUCGAGUAACGAGAGCGAGACCGACCAGGAGGCAAAAACGAGGGGUAAUAAGCUAACGCGCACGCGCGAGCCGAAAUCCGAGACGAGUUUAAGUGUUGUGAUCGAACGUCGCGAAGGCGGCGGCGACAAAAGCGACUCUAAUAAAAAAGACAACGGUGAUAACAAUAAACACCACCAUAGCGGGAUCGUGCUGAGCCCGCUACAGCUAGGACAAUAAAACAAACAAUAAUCAAAAUGUCGUCAAAGUGUUGUUGUUUACGUAGCGACCAUUCGCGCGAAUGUGUGUGCGUGAUUUUACCGACUAAGGCUGGUUUUGGGAGGGCGACGCAACAUUGUGGUAGAACCACAGUGGAAGCAAGUUUCCUUAUACUUAGAUACACAGCUUCUUUCUUAUAUUAGUUUUAUAUGAAUAAACAUCUCCAACUCAGGAAAAAAAAACGAAGGUUAGUGUUCACUCCAUAUAUCGUGAUGGGAUACAUGAUGAUAAUGAUUAUGUGCUUCACAACCUUCACAAUCAACUGAUUUUACCAGUGGACAUGAUAAACAGAGUGAUGGGAGUACAUUUCAAACUUCAGAACUCUACAAGUUGCUAGCUAACAAACAACUAAACAUUCCAUAACCACUUUCACUUCAAACUGCAAAGGCACCAUUCUCCCUCCCAAUCUUCCAAAGCAUGCCAGGAUGCCUAUUUGAUAUAGAGUAUCAAAUCAAAUCAAUGUCAUAUUGUAACAUAACAGGCAAGGAAGGAUCUGAGCGACAUUUAAUUGACGUAUCUGAAAAUUUUCCUGAUAACAAUGGAUGGCAAGUACGGGAUUACCACUAGAUGAAGUCACAACGAUUAGAGAAAUAUUCGUAAUAUAUUUAUUAAUUUUUCAGACUUCUACAGGGUACAAUAAUACUAUUUGGAAAUUUACUAGGUUCUUCCUGCGUCGGUUGUGUAUAAAUCUAACUUGCUGAUGUUUUACUAAUCAUUCUGUUGACUUCUUCAGAGCUUAAUUGAAACUGACUAUCAUUCUUCUCUGUAACUGCUUAUAAAUGUUUUUUACGCUAUCCGUUCAUUAAAACUUUAAUUAGAUAUAAUUUGGAAAGUCCGUUUGAUAUUUGGAGUCAAGGUUAACAUACUGCAAGUUCCGGUUUAACCAGAAGUUGCUGCAAGCUUGCCCAUUUCAAUAUAUUGUUACAUUUUCAGAUUCUAUGUGAAAUUUUAAACAUAUUUUGUGUAUAAUAUUCUAUAGCUAUGUCUAUCCUUUUUUUAAAUAUUUGACCUUAAAAAAAAUUGCGUCUUAAACUUAACCAACGUUAAAAACGCAUAUUUUUUGUAGUUUUCAAAAAUUUUUGGCAAAAUGUUAAAAAGAGGUUUAAGUUCGCGUUUUUGUCUUGUUUCAUACAAAGUGUCCAAAAUUAAACCCCAAACAUUUACAUUUUUUAACAAGUCCAGAACUUCUUUCUCCAUCGAACUGUAUUAUGGUUACCUCUACCUUUUCGAUAUCCGACAAUUGGGUUUUUUUGAUGGUAACAUAUUUGUGCGGCUGAACAUUUUCUCUUCACGUACUUGGUAUUGGAAUGGUAACUUUAUCUGUUAUCAAGUCCACAACUUCUUUUUUUCUCAAACUAUGACAGGGUUACCAAUACGUAUUGCAACCCAUAUUCAAAAUAAUUAGGUUUUCGAUGGUAUUUUAUUUAUUUCCUUCACGUAGGUGGCUAUGGAAAAACAAUUUUAUGUCGGCAGCUGUCAUUAACAAACUUAAACUCGUCUUUUUCAAAUCGCACACCCUGUAACUUCUAGUGUUACCAAGUCCAAAAUUUCUCUAUCAAAGUGCGUUACGGCUACCUAUUGCGGAUCAUAUUAACCAUAUAAAUAAAUGAUGGAAUCGUGUUUGUUCCCUUGACGUUCUUGGGAGAAACAAUUAGAGCGCUCUGUCAAACAUGUCAAACAUGACAGCUGUCGUUAAGAAAAUAAAAAUUUUAAUUUAAUACGGUUACUCAAAUGCUGAUAUUCUCCUUUUUUUUCAUUCAUGGUGAAUGUUGGGAGAAGUGCAAGAUGUAAGCUCUCAAAGUACAAGUAAAGUACAAAAAACAAAAAAAAAAACUUAAACGAACUAAAAUAAA